UGCCCGGUUGGUGGUAUUGGUCAAGUUUUAUUUAUUUUGUAAUAACAUAACAAGGUUUAAAUUCUUAAAUUCAAAGCUAUUAUAGCUAAAACAUCGUCAACAAAUUACAGAAUACAGUUUUGCACAUCAUCGUACUACGCCGACGUAGGUUGCACCACGUUGCACUAAAAUAUUCGUCAAUGUUAGUGAAUCGUGACGGUCAACGAUGACCUGGAAUAACUAACGGCGGUAUGAUGUCUGUAGAGGCUCCAUUUGUCAAGCAGGAGCCUGACGACGAGAAUAACAGGGGCUUAUGCGGUGUGAGCGGUACGCCUGAUGUAUUUACUGACGAAGUGCCUGUUAAAGAAGAGUUGAACACUGAAGACCAUGUGAAAGAGGAGCCCGCUUGCUCAGACAACGUGGACCUGAGUGCUGCACUGUAUGAGGACCAUCUUGUUAAGGAUGAGCUUGUGCUGGGCCCUGAGCAGUUUCACCAACCUCGUGUAUUGUCACUUCCAACACUUGAAGCGGGUUCCGUGCAAUCGCUGAGCUGCACUGUCAGACUGGAGCGCCUGCUGGUGGACACGGAGAGCCGCACUUGCCGGGUCGGGCGCCGCAACUACAAGCUUCACACCGGACAACCAAACACUAAAUAUGAAUGCAACAAUUGCAGCAAAAGUUUCAAAUAUCUUGCAGUUUAUAAGAAACACAUACACACUCAUUCUUUAACUUCACUUGAUUCCUGCAAGAAUGUUGAGUCAAACAGAAAAAGUAAGGUUAAAUGUCACUACUGUGAUAUCAAUCUUAAAAAAUCAGACUUACGAGCUCAUGAGGCUACUAGUGAAAAACUUUAUAAAUGUAAGAAUUGCGAUUAUAACUGUAUUCGCAAAGCACACUUGCAAAAACAUCAGAAGAUACACUUUGGUGAAAAGCCAUUUAAAUGUUCAGAGUGUAAUUUUGCGUGCCGUCUGAAAGUGAAUCUAGGACGUCACCAACGAACACAUACUGGCGAGACACCUUACGGAUGUAGAUACUGCGGUUUAAAAUGCAAGGAUAGAACCACGUUAAAAUGUCCUGAGAUGAUACACACGGAUGAAAAGCCUUUUAAAUGUAGGUAUUGCAAUCACAAAUUUAGAACGAAAGGAAACUUACUGAGUCACGAGAAAGUACACAAUAGAGAGAAGCCAUUUAAAUGUAGCUAUUGCAGUUUCAAAUGUGGAUAUAAAAGAAAUUUAAAAAUACAUGAGAUGAUACACACAAAUGAAAAGCCUUUGGAAUGUAGAUAUUGUGAUUACAAAUGCAAGAGGAAACAAGACUUACGAAGUCACGAAGUAGUACACAUCAUGGAGAAAUUGGAGAAAUGUAGGUAUUGCGAUUUCAAGUGUAGAGACAAAAGAAAUUUAAAAAGACAUGGGAGGAUACACGGGGAUGUGAAACUUCUUAAAUGUGGCAAAUGCGAUUAUAAGUGUAUUCGGAAAAGGGAUUUCCACAAACACCAGAAGAUACACACUGGUGGAAAUCUAUUAAAGUUCAGCUAUUGUGAUUACAAAUCGGAUAAAAAAAGUAUAAAAAUACAGGACAUAAUACACAGGGAUUCCAAGCCUUAUAAAUGUAGUGACUCUGAUUACAAGAUGACACGAAAAAAUGAUUUCCGAAAAAACCAAAUGACACACUUUAAUAACAGGUUUCAUAAAUGUGACUAUUGUGAUUACACGUGUCGUAAGGCAUGUAAUUUACGCCGUCACCAAAUGAUACACACUGGCGAGAACCCCUUUGAAUGUAAACACUGUGAUUUCAAAUGCAACCAAAAAACUGUCUUGAUUAAUCACGAGAAAACACACACUGGGGAUAAACCAUUCAAAUGCAGUUAUUGCGAUUUCAGAUGCAGCGUUAAAACAAACUUACGUAGUCACGAGAAAGUGCACACUAAGGAAAAACCAUAUCAAUGUGGCGAUUGCGAUUUCAAGUGUAUAAUGAAAUCAGAUUUACGACUACACCAAAUGAUACACACGGGUGAUAAACCUUUUAAAUGUAGUCACUGUACUUAUAAAUGUUCCAAGAAAUGUAAUUUAAAGAGACACGAGUUGAUUCACAAUGAAGAAAAGAGUUUUAAGUGUGGUAACUGCGCGUACGAGUGUAGACAGAAGGCAGCUUUACGCAGACAUGAGCAGGCGUACGGUGGACGCUGUUCUCGGCGUGAUAAAGCAGAUCUAGCUUUAUAACACCGCGCGAGUGAAACAGGCUUUACUUUUUGACAUUCUAGAAUAAAAUAGAGAUAGUGUCCAUCAUAUGUCAGCAUGGUUCUUAUGUCUUUGAUGUGAAAAUAAAAGUCGCUUAUCUCUCGAAUUUAAUUUAUAUGUUCAUUUAUAAUUAUAUCAUGUAGAACUUUUUUCCGUUAGUCUCUCAAUUAGACAUACUGUAAGUAUGAUUUAUUUCUAACUAGAGAAAAUUAUACAAAAUCACUUUAUCCUAGCUUUAAACACACUUUUACUAGUUGGUAAAAAAUCAGGAAACUUAUUGUUAAAGAAUUUACUUAUAAGAAGAUAUUGUUGUCUUGUCAAUUUGGCCUUUUCAACAAGGUCCACCAUCUCUUCGGCACUCUUCGGCACUGAUAUUUGAGAAACUCGAAUUGGACAGUGGCUCCUUAGAAUUUUUAUGAUCUAGCAGAAGCUCUCUAUGCUCAAAAAUGUCUUUGCCACGACAUCUAUCACAUCCACUAGAUGGAUCAGAUGGACUUGCUAUAUUUUCUUCUAGAGUGCACUGUUCCAUUUUGUAACAUGGUAAGCGUAUUGUCACGACUUUAUUUAACCAAUGUUUAUAUUUUACUAAAACUUUGUUUUUAGCACGUGUCUCUUUGUUCCAAUACGUCCUUAAAUUCUUGCAUAAAUUAUAUACACACCUUUCUAGACCAGUAAAAUCUAUGUUCUCGGUAUUCUCGAAGUAGGACUUAAGAACUUUAAUCAUGUGGCGUUUUCGUUCUGUAUCGGAAGCACCACGAAGAUCUGAGUGCCAAAUAUUGAAGAAGGGCAUCCUAGAAAAGGAGCAUUCAAUAAAAGUACCUGAAAAUAAUACAAAGAAUGCAUUAGAAUAUUUUUCAGAUUACUACGAUUAACUAAAUAAGGGCAGGGUAAUUCAUCAAUUACUGGCCACUGUUUAUUAACUGGCUAUC